AUGUCGCUUUUGCCCGACGUGCCUAUUCGAUUUCUAGAACAUUCCCAUGAAAGCCAAAACGCCUGUUUUUACGAGCUGGAUUUCAUCUUUUGGAUCUUAAAUGGUGUGAUUGGAUUGGCCAUCCUACUCGGUAAUAGUUUCACCGUAGCUGUGUUUUUGUCCACAUCACACAUGAUGGAUAACUACAUGAAUAUCUAUCUGACGAGUUUGAGUUUUGCUGAUAUGUCCAUGGCGUUGUUAGUAGUCCCGGGGUUUGCCGCGUUUUGCAGUGGUUGCUCUUACAAAUUAAGUGAAUAUUGUUGGUUUUUCGGUGGCGCUCGGGACAUUGCCUUUCCCGCAACGGUACUCAACUUACUCGCCAUUACAUACGACCGACAUUCGGCCGUACUAAGACCCUUGCAUUACGUCUCGACGAUGACCAGACGUAAGGUUUUUACCAUUCUCUUUUUCGUCUGGUUUAUACCACUCGUUGUUUCGUCCGUAAGAAAUGUGUGGCAACAUUCAAUGGAUGAGACUGCGGUGAAACACUAUGAAACAGUGUAUAACGCAGUAUUAUCAGUAUUAUUUACAUUUUCACCAAUCCCGAUAUUAUUCUUCGUCAAUAUAAAGCUUAUGAGAGCCAUAAGAAGCCACAGAAGUCGGAUUCAUGCAGAUAUGGUGGAAUCUUUAACUUUAACGAACGCAUCGGAGAGAGGGCUCUCGGAAGGAAACCGCGUUACUGUUACCGACGCGAAUUCUGUGAGUGAAAGUAUACGGGAGCGAAAUCGCAGGAAUAUAAGUCGGAGGAGAAAGGGAACCAUGUCUUGCGUUUUGAUUGUUUUAAUAUUUAUUAUUUCCUGGCUUCCAAGAGCUUUCUUCAACUUUUGCAGCCUUUUCGGUCGAAGCGAUUUAGCUAGUCCUCUGCUAAGGAAACUGUCUUUGUUCUUCAUUUUCUGCCAAUCCUCUGUCAACCCGAUCAUCUACUCCUUUUUUAGAAACGACUUCCGUCAAGCGGCAAGAAGGUUAAUUAAAAGGAUUGCCUGAACAGUUUUUACAAAAAGACUAAUUUCAGUUUUUCUAACACUUUGGUGUAAAAAGGUUUACUUAUGCUAAGAAAUCGGAUGUGGUGUUUUGUUCGUUAAACGGCGAGGAGAACUUCUUCAUUGAUUCCGAUCUCAGUUUAUGUACAAUAUCUUACUUCUGUGUAGAGAAAACCUCUGAAUUAGCCCUUCUGACAACCUCAAAAGAGAUUGACAUCUACAUUUUUAUGACGUAUAUUCAUAUUGGGAAUCAGUUUCCUAAUAACUUUUGGGAAUUUUUCGUCUGUUUACACUGCAAUAGCUUUAUUAUUUACAUUUCAAGCAACACUUGCGAAUUUUUUUGUGAUGUUAAAAUAAACCACCUUUAUUUCCGUCUAUUUACGUUUCGGAUUCGGCAUCGCGGAAGCGUUAUAACAAUUUUGAGAGAAUUAAUUACCUAGGCUAGGUUCCUUGGAAGGUGUGAAUGAAGCCAAUUUUAAGAUCAAGAAGUCCUUUUAAGUAAAACCUCGUACCUAAAAGUUCCAACAACUCAAAAACUUUUCAGUGGUAUUCCUUGCGAAUUGUCAUAAAUUAUGUAAUUAACUACAUCAUAACACGCGCAAGAUGUAUUCUGAAGUUCUACAACAAUAAAGAGUAGUGUGUUGAAUCAGAUGAUCGGUCGUUACAAUAGUUGUAACAUUGGUGCCGAGACUAGAAUUUAGUACAAUGACUGAAGAAAUUAGGAAAGUGAAGUCAAUCCGGGCCGCGUACAGAGGACACUGUUCACAAGAUUUUUAAAAGGGCCGAAAAACUGAUAAAUUCAGAGACCCCGGAUCAAGCAGAAUUGGAAGCACUGGUGGACAGACUUACACGAAGAGGUAUAGAAAUAACACGGAUGGAUACAAAAAUUGCGAUGUCACUGGAAAUCCAGACAGACACGGAAUCAGCCUUAUCUUUUCAAGACAAUAUAUCAUAUUGGCAAUUCAAAAUCGCGCGCCUCCAAACAAGAUAUACCGGUUAGCCAAUUCCAAUAUAGUAAUUCAAAACAAACACCAACCGCAAGAAUGCAUGUAAAUUUACCCAAGCUAAACAUAAAAUCCUUUGGAGGAUACCCCCUUAAAUGGCUUACAUUCCGGGACAGCUUUAGCGCUAGCGUAGCUAUCGAUAAAAAUCUUCAACUGGGUGAUGUGGAGAAAAUGAAUUAUCUAAACGGAAUGCUUACAGGAGGCGCAGCGCACACUAUCUCUGGACUGCCAAUGACUAAAGAAAAUUAGAAAAAGGCAGUUGAUCUAUUAAAGGAGCGCUUUGGGAAGACUCAUUUCACCAACGCUUACAUGGAGUCUUUAUCCAAGAUUAAUGCGCCAUCAAAUUAAACGAAAAAUCUGCGAACAUUUUAUGACACUCUCCCGGGCUGAGAAUAUAAAGAGCGAAUAUAAAAGUAUAAAAUAUAAAAAAUGAAUAUAAAGACUUAAGUUAGUGAUAGAAUAUAAAGCUCCACUAUUGUUAACUUUUCGUUUUAAGGGAAACUGGAAAUUCUUUUUCUAUUAUCGUAUUGAGGUUUGGGACUCACCACCGUAAAACAUUCGAGUUGUUUAAUUGACCUUCUUUGCAUGAAAUUGGAAACAAGGGUAAGGUAAAUAGUAAGUUAAUGUUAUUAUCUUUUCACGUUUCUCAGAUUAAUGAGCUUUUUGCGUUGAAAACCUUCGAGUCCGAGCAAAACUAUGUUAGCAAAUGGCGCCGACAAUUUCGCAAUCACAGUAAGCACGUAGAAUCUAUUUAGUUAACUUUUAAUCAGUUUAGUAAAUUAAGAGUGUAUGGUUGGUAGUAUUUAUAAUCAUAAGGGAAAAACUCUAACAUUAAAAAUGACAACCUUAGCAUUGAACCCUGGAAUCAGACGCCGUUUACAGCUAUUUCAAGAAAGGUUAACGGAAAAACCGCGCGCCUCAACCUAAUCCCCAAUCUUCUCUCACCCCAAAAAAUACUUAAAUAGCGACUGGGUAAGAGUCUGGCCAGAAGGAUGACUCCUAGUUGGGCCAACGUUUCUCCAUAUAAACACUUUGCCUCGCCAAACCGGUCGGUCAACUUGGUCAAGACAAGGCAAUCAGAGAACUUGUGAGCGCUGUUGUCAGCUCUUGGCUUUGGCCGAGCGGUCAAUUUUUUCUGACAUAAACGCUCGUUUAAAGCACAGGUAACCCAGGCUCACUAUUUGUGUCACGUUGAACAAAGUCAACCAAAAGCAUCCAUAACAAAUGUUGGGCAGAAAUGCAUAUGCCAUGGUUCGUACAAUCUUGAAAAGGUCUUGAAUUUUACUAGUCGUCUUGGAAGGUCCUUGAAUUCAGUUAAGGUCGUUAAAAAGUACUUGAUUUCUUUAUUAGGUCUUGAAAAGUCCUUGAAAUUCACGGGAAAUUCAUAACCUUGUCUACGCCAACCACACUUUUCUUUAAAUUAAGAUUAUUAUUUUGCCGAGGAAAAUUUGGCUCACCCUCGGUGUAAGAACCUGUAAAACUCACGGGUAACGUGUACAUGAGCGAUAUUUUAUUUCUGUUUCUUAAUUCCAAAUGCUAUUGCUGUACCGCAAAUGCAAUUGCAAGUCAUACCCAGUCAUUUUGCAAAGUGUUGUUGCGGAAAGUAGUAUAGAAUAAUGUGAUCAACGAUGGCCGAAGAAGUAAAAUUGGUAAAUGACUCCAUGACGUGUUUUAGCCGAUAGGGUGAUCAAAGGGGGGUUAAAGAAUACCCAUUUAUUACAUAAAUAUCAGUCCUUGAAAACUGAAUAAUUGAAAUUGAUAAAGAAUUGACAUCGCUGACAAUUAAAGUUGUGUCGUCCGCAGAUUAGAAAUUUUAGAUUCUUUGUUUCCAGGGAGGUUUAUAACAUAGCAAGGCCUGUCCCGUCUCAUGAUGUUAAAAUUUCAACCACCGCUAGUACGAAAAGCAGGGGGCUCAAGGCAAAACCUUUGAGGACUUCCCUUGAAACACUAAAAUAUUUGAUCAUAAAGCCUGCAUUUUUAAAUCUACUUUCUGCUUUAUUACAAUGUAAUUGUUCAGAUCCAUUUCAUGAUUACUGGGCCAAAAUUGAAAAAAAGAGUCAAGUGAUAGUAUUGACAGAUGUCCAUUUCAAUGAAUCGAAAUAUUAAAAUACCUAGUAUCCGACUGGAUACCAAGUAUCCUUCCUGAGGAUUCGUGCAGAUCCCAGCAUGAAGAUCUUUUGGGUCUUUGUCACAGUAUAUCUUUCAUAAUUUCUCGAUGUUUUCUACCAACCCCUUCUUUACUGUACCAAGACCACCAACAACCACAGGGAUCACUUCGGUUUUCAUCUGCCACAUUCUCUGUAUUUCUAGUUGUAGGUCUUUGCACUUACUUUUCUUUUCGAUUUCCUUCAGUGCGAUGUUUUUAUCUGAUGGAACAGUCAUAUCAAUCAGUUUGCAGGUGGAUUAUUAUCACUAUUAUUAUUAUUAUUAUUAUUAUUAUUCCUGUAAGCAUUUUUAUCAUUAAAUCACGAUGACUGAUAAAUUUUUAGCAUGAUAUUGGUGUCCGUGUUAGUAUUUCCUUUCUUCUUUUAUCAUUCUAUAAACGGACGGCAAGAAACGUUGUGGUGGUUUGAAAAACGACAAAAUGUUCCCUUCCCUGCCCCCUCACAGUGUCAGCCUCACCAGUCCCCAGUGUUCCUUAUAGAUAACAAUAGGGAUGGCUAAAAUAAACAACUAAGUACUGCAUUUUUCUUUGUAUUUAUUCACUGAAAAUUUCUCGCAGAAAACACAAACACAAACAUGGCCGCAGUUUCCGUAUCUUGAUCAAUAGAUAACUCCUUUUAAACUAAUACUCCUGUAGGUUAUUGAUAAUUAUGAUUGUAAAUUUGUUCUUUGUUCGCUACUGUCAGGGAUGUCGUUACCUGCGGAAGGGUAAUCUGAAAUGUCAGCCGUCUCCACGCACUAACCCCUGGGGGGCGCGGGGGAGAGACUCUCUACCCACCUCCCCCAGGGGUUAGGGAGUGAAGACGGCUGGCAUUUCAGACAAUUUUGUGAUUUAUUAGUUUACAUCAAUUUUGGGUUGUAGCUACCCUUGUAAAAGGAACACUUGUUUCAAACAUUUAGAGCUUCUCUUUGAAUCAGCUUGCUUCAGGGGAUGAACUGCCACAACUUGCAAUGUAUCUGACAAGUUCACUAGAAUAUCGCAGAAAACAUUUAAAAAAAUCUCCCGCUUGCCCUUCUUGCUCGAGAACCUUUUUAGCUCGGCUUGCGGACAAGUCUAAAAGCCAUGCUGUGUAUGCUGUAAGCAGUAUUACAAUUGCAAACUUUAGGUUCUUUUUACGAGAGUGUUUUCACACACGUGGCCAGCGCCUAUGCAAAUUUAUAGGAACAAAAGGAAGCGUUUGCAUAAGAAAAGAUUUUAACUCCCACAUAGUCUCCCACACUGGUUCGGAACAGUAACAUGGCCGCCGUGACGUUAUGUGAAAACACUCUAUACGUUGUCAUAGCUUUUAUUCCGCACGAGGAUGGUCCAGUGACUUCCCCCUCAAGCCAGCGGGUCUAAAAUGAAAACGGAAACUUGAUUGAAAUCGAAACCUUCUGGGCAGAAUUUUUAUUUCAUUUUAUUUUGCCACACACUACAAAAGGAAAAAAUGAAGAAAACAAUAGCGAGAAGGCCUAGGGGAAUCUGUGUAGUUUACGUUAGGUGGGCCUUCUCAGUUAUAGAGGGUUUUCACAGUGACGUCAUCAAAUUGUAAAGUCAAAAUAGCGAGGUUUUACGGAUUCUUAUUUGUACUAGGUUGAAGAUAAACAAAAAAUAAAUCUUUGUACAAGUUUCCAUUCCCGGAGCAUGUUUCAUUUCGAAAAUGGAGCAAUUUGAACUUCCGAGUUUUCACAGUGCGUGACACCAAAAUAGGAAUGCUUUCUCGUUGAAAAAAAGUCUCUUUUCUUCAUUUCAGCAUUAUAACCAUUUCAAGUAUUAGAAGAUAUGUUUAUGCGCACGUAUUCUAGUUCUCGAAUGAAAAAAAGGGCUUCUAUAGAAAAAGUGAAUUCCAGAUGUUUUUGUUGAUUUCCGGCGGCCAUAUUGGUGCACCAAAACGGUGCACCAAUAUGGUGUCUCCAUACAAAGCUCUCCUGAGGUUGUAGCUGUUCAUUAUCCUUGGUAUUCGUGAUCGCUUUUUCCUUUCCAUCACAGAAUUGUAGUGAACGUGUUUUUAACCCUUUAAUUCCCAAAAGUGACCUCAAUAGAGAGAAGUGUGACGUCAUGUUACCAUGGUAGCAAAACUUUUGGAUCACAACAAAAGGGAGCUUGGGCAACAAAGACGGAGAACGGCAAAAAAAGCAAUGAGUUUAUAUUAGUAAAACAACAACUUUGCACGUGCACCACGCUUUUGUACACAUAUUUUAGCCAUCCUUGCACGACUACGACAUGAAACUUCCUAUUUCCACGCGCCCGCUUUAUGGAGUAGGUGAACUAGACACAAAAAGUUUGUUUUUUCUUUUUCUUAACUCAGAUACGGUCCUUUCGAAUUCAAUCCAGAAAAUUUCGCCAACAUUCGACAAAUUAAAUGAAAUUGAAUAAGAUCGAUGAAGUUUAAAACAGUGCGAAUUUACUUUUUAAGUGAAUUUUCGGUUUGUUUUCAUCCAAAAAUUUUGCUACCAUGACAACGUGACGUAACGACUUCUCCUCUCUAUCAAGAGAAAAGGUUGUGAAAAUCAAUGAAGUACAGUCGAACCUUCCGUAAGCGAUCACCCAAAAUGCAAAGACUGAGUGGUCGCUUACGGAAGGUGGUCGUUUACAAGAAUCGAACCACAGGGGGCAUUUUCCGAGAAGAGGUCUAGGCACAUCUACUUUAUGGAAGAUAUUUAUUGCUUGCAAUGUCUAAGUUACGACAUGUGUAGUUCCAUGUUGAGACUAAAGUUCUCCAUAUAUUCUAAGUAGCAUAGUGCGCACAGCGAAUAGAGAGAUCAGAGAAGGCAUCAAGUGGUUCCUUACAAGAGGUUAAAAACAACGGAAAAUCAUUAACCGUUACUAGAGGUUCUAACUGUAAGGCUUUGACUGGGAAAAUUUUGGUGUUUUUGGAUAGGCGGUCGCUUAUGGGAAGCGGUCGCUUAUGGGAGUAAGUAGUAUUCUACAACCUCACGUGAACUCUAGAACGCCUGAUCUUGCUAAGGUAAUAUAAGAGUGUCCUGGAUUGGACGGUGAAGCGGUUAAAAGGCGCUUGAUGUUAUGACCUUCUGGUCAGCUGUAGCUGCCAAAUGCCGAAUAAACACUACCGCCCAGUAGUUGUUGACUGGAUGGUUUCGUUGUAGAGAGCUAUUUACGUGGUAUUGUUUUUUGUUCUUUUCACUUUGUUUUGGUUUGUAGUCAAACAACAUGUUUAAAAUGGAGCGCGGGUUCUUGCUUACAGCUGGUAACAAAACAACGGAAGUUUUUUCAACAAAACCAUAUUAUUUUACCACCAAAUUUAUCUUUCAUUCUUAAUGUGUCUGUUAUUUGCUUUGCAGUCUCUAUAAGCAACUGAAAGCAGCUUCUAUAAAUUAUGCCAGCGUCCCUUAAUGUUUUAAUUUGGCAGCCCGGUUUUCCUUGAAUGAAAACUCUGGCUAAUUGAUCUUAAACGUGCAAACUUUUAAUUAACUUCCACCGGCUGAUAGAUCUCAGUAGCUGUUCGCCAUUUCUUAGUGAAGUACGAUCGAAUCAGCCCUCGGUACUUGCAAUCUCAGCGAUGUCUGAAGGUUUUGCCAAUAAUUCCUCUUUGAUGCCACUUGGUUUUCUAAGUCUGCCCACGCUUCAGAGCCUUGGAGGUCAUAUCAUCGAUAAAAACUGUAGCAGAGAACUGGAUUUUCUUUUCUGGUUCAUAAACGGAGCCAUUGGAACCAUCAUAGUUAUCGGAAAUUCCCUGACUUGUGCUGCAUUUCUUCGCUUUGAAAACCUCAGACGGAGCUACAUGAAUCUAUUUCUGUUAAGUCUGGCUAUUUGCGAUGCUCUAAUGGCAGUCUUAGUAACCCCUGGGUAUGCUGCAUUCUGUACUGGUUGUGUAUACUCUUUGAGCAAACUUUGCUGGCUCUUUGAAAGUGGUAAAGACAUCUGCUUCUUGAACUCAACUUUCAAUCUACUCGCCAUCUCUUAUGAUCGAUACAUGGCUAUUUUCCAGCCGCUUAAAUAUCAAACGAAAAUGUCGCUGAGGAAAUUUCGCCUGAUUUUGCUGGCGGUCUGGAUUACACCAGUUUGUCUUGCCUCAAUCCGAAACAUAUGGUCACACUCACAACCCAGCGAUGUAGUGGAGGAAUGGAACAGAAUUUAUUCAUACUGUCUACUUUUUAUUUUUGUUUUUGUCCCAAUUCUUAUCGUCAUCGCCAUCAAUGCCGCAAUUUUUACCGCCAUUAGACGACAGAGGCUAAAAGUAGCAACUUCAUACGGAAAAAAAUACAGAUAUUGGUGGAGACGGAAAUAUCGCUUACACUAUCUUCAGAUACGAAAAGGGACCCUUUCUUGUGCACUAGUGGUUUUAACUUUUGUAGUUUGUUGGCUCCCACGAGCAUUCUACUAUCUGUUUUACUUGUUCGAUCGUCCUGAUCUAGUAACACUACUUCUUCGGAAAUUGUCAGUUACUUUUCUCUUGUUUCAAUCGUCGACGAAUCCCUUUAUUUACUCCUUUUAUAGGAGAGAGUUCCGACAAGCGGUCAAAAUUUUAAUCAAAUGUCAGUGA